AUGAUGGAUAUUGCACUGCUGAAGAGGGCAAACCCGCUGCUGUUUACCACGGAGAGGUACGAUGAGUACCCGACGGACCCCGAAGAAUUGCUCCAGUUGCUGAGCAGCGAGGCGAACAGCGACUUGUCCGCGAGGGAGAGGCCCUUCACGGAGUUGGACCAGCUGGAUUUCUUGCUCUAUAGGGAUUCCGUCACGGGGGAGCUCGACGUGCACAAGAAGUUGGCCUGCGAGUACGCGUUGUACCAUGCGGAACGUAUUAGGAGGCAUAGAGGGGGCGACCACCAUGGCGAGAAACAUGUGGGGUUCCAGGAUUUAAAGGACAGCAAAACUGGGAGCGACGAGUGGUUCACGCGCUUGGUGACGCUGCUGAGUGAGAUCAGCGGGGAUAAAAUGGACUUGUCGCAACUCGAGAAGACUGCGGUGCACCAAACGAGACCGGGGGACGCAUCGAACAGACAAGGCGUCGCACGGGACCAGCAGGAUGCCCUGCACGAGUUGACCUCAUACAUGCUCUCGAGCUCGAUCAAAAAUGGUAUCCACAUACGGCCCAGCGAUAACGUCGACGAUCCCGUCAAGUUUUUGAAGAACGGGAUCGAAUCGCUUAUCGAAUCAGCGAGUACCGCGAAUACGAACACGAACAGUACAGAUGAGAGAGACGCCACAGAGACGAAGCUAGCGGAGCUGACCACCGCAUUCAAGGACUUGCAAUUGGCGCACAGUUUUUUGACCAAACAGUUCGAAAAUGACCAUACAGACCACAUGAGAGAUAUCGAAAAAUUGACAAGAACAAACAGGGAAUUGCAGGAGAAACUUUUAAACUACCAUUCUAACCUAUCCAAGAUCGAAAAGAAACUAAAGGAUAACGAGCACGAGUUGAGACAUUCGCGCGCAAGAGACGAAGUGGCAGGAAACCAUAGUAUUGCUCUCGAUUCCCCCGGGAAAAUGGCCAGCACGCCGAACCUGAAUCACGAAAGUAUGUGGGGGGUUCAUACCGCAGAUCAGAACGAGACGUUGGGCGCGACCCCGGGUUCACCGUCUCUUUCCAUAAUGAAGAACGAAUUUAAAAGACUCCUAACGGAAACGCAACGCAAGUACGAAAGAGAAAUCGGCCAAGAACGUGAAAUCAGGAGGCAACUGGAGAAAGAAUUAAAAUCCCUGCAGUAA